GGGGAGGCUGGAGAAAUCAAACUGAGUGUUUCUGAACAACUACUUCGCAAACAAUGCGAAAUGCAUUGCGUGUAGGAAGCUCAUUUAAACAGCAGAGAGACAAGAUAUUUACAAAUACUCCGGAGCUUGGCUUGUGAGGAAGGGGGUGCUCUCCAGCGGACGAUGAAGGGCUCCCAGGGUGAUGGGCCACCCAUGGCGUGGUUGAUGCACUUGGCAGUGUUGUGCCAGGCGGCGGUGAGAGUGCAGCUGGCACAGUCCAUCGCCAUCGUCAAUGUCACCAACUUCUCCGCCGGCGCCAACCGCACGCUGACCACCAGCGUGCCCGGCAGGUACGGCAACAACUCGCCCGUCAAAGGGGCCAGCGGCGUGGUGGGCAUCCCGACCACACCGGAUGCCCUCGCCUGCGAGGAGGACGUGGACUUCAGCGCCACCGAGAGCCCCUGGAUCGCGUUGGUGGAGCGGGGCAAUUGCACCUUCGCGAGGAAGAUCGAGAAUGGGAUCAGACGGGGGGCUGCCGCUGUCGUCAUCUUCAACGCAGCAGGAAAGGGCAACAGGACUGACCCCUUUAUCCAUUAUGGGACGGGCAACAUGGUUGCAGUGAUGAUUGGCAACAUCAAAGGCAGUGAGAUUUUGGCGCUGGUGAGGGAAGGGAUCGCCGUUUCCAUGGUGAUUGAAGUUGGGAAGCAGCAUGGACCAUGGAUGAGCCAAUACUCCAUCUUCUUUGUCUCGGUUUCCUUUUUCGUCGUCACCGCUGCCACGGUGGGAUAUUUCAUCUUCUACUCUGCAAGAAGACUGCGGCUUGCAAGGGCUCAGUCUCGGAAGCAGAAGCAACUAAAACAUGAAGCCAAGAAAGCUAUUAACCAACUGGACCUACGCGUCUUGAAGCAUGGAGAUCAGGAGACUGGUCCGGAUGCUGAUAGUUGUGCGGUGUGCAUUGAAGCUUACAAACCCAAUGAUGUUGUUCGCAUCUUGACUUGCAACCACAUAUUCCACAAGAAUUGUAUCGAUCCAUGGCUUCUGGAGCACAGAACCUGCCCCAUGUGUAAAUGUGACAUCCUGAAAGCUCUUGGAAUUGAGAUUGACAUAGAAAAGGCUGAAGAGACACCAGCACCUGAGCAAUCACCCAGCAAUCCUCAAAGAACAGGGCAGGACAGACACACCGAGGUUCCCGAGAGUGCCAUUUAUACUCUACCAGCUGCUUUUGAUACUGAGCGUCAAUUGGAUGAAUCUCCUGUAACUGAGGAUAAUCACAAUUUCAGUGAAGAGCAGCAAUUGGUCAAUAAUGAUGCGCGAGUGAAUUCUCUGUCUGUAUAUGUUCUGCCACAGGACAACCCAGUAUAUGAAGAGAUUGAUCUACGAGAUGAAGUAAAGUCGUGAAUCGUCCCAAAGAAGUAAAACCCUGAAAAAUAAAGCCAACUAUCAACUGAAUGUGCAGGGAGCAUCUCUUAAAUGAACUGCUUUGUUUAAACAAAGACUUUGGAGUGACCCACAGUCUACAUUUUUUCUGCAUUUUGUAAUGCCAAUGUUAUAAAGAGACAAAUGAUUUUUCAAUAGUAUAACAGGCAGCUCGUAAUUAGUCCUUGUGCUGAAAUUCUCAGCACUUCAUGCAAUAACUGCAGUUAAUUUAACUGAUGUCUGGUGACCACAAGGCUGCAAUGAAGACCAAGACUGUUGAACAUUAUUUUUUAACACACAAAGCUAAGACAAUAACAGUUUGCUGAAACCUCUUGUUUUCUGUGUGGAGGUGGGGGAGAAGAGGGUUUGAGGUUGGGAAAGAGAAGAAUGGGCCUUCUCCAAAUGCCAGUGCCUUCCUGGGAACUUUAUAUUCCAACUUCAUCAGAGAAAAUAAACCUUGCAAACAAAAUGCCAUUUAUUUUUAACUGAAAGAUGCAUAAUAUGCCAGUAAGUCAUCAGUAACAAAGGACACCGCAAUAUGUCCUACAGCCCUGAUAGGAUUCUUGACAAUGAUUUUGUAUUGUCGAAAACCCCAUUUUGAAAAUUAUGGCUUGAACAAGUGUGUAAAGUGGAAUCCAUUAGUCCUGCGCUUUUAAUCCAUUUCCUGCACUCUGCUGACUGCUGCACUAAAUUACACUACACUACACGUUGAUGAAAAUGCAAGCAAAAGAUUAAUUGUCACCCUAUUAAUAUAAGUCGACCAUAAUGCAAACAAAGCCUGCGCUGUCUGUUCGUGGUGUCACUCCUGGCUAAUUGCAUCCCUCAUGUGAACGGGAUUUUUUGAUUUAUCAUUUGCAUUAAGUAAAAGGCAGUGCAGUUGAUACAUUUCCUGCACGAUUAGUGAUGCAUUUACCAAUGUUCUGCUCAUCUGAAAGGAAUAGCUAUCUUUACAUUCUUUUUGAAUUUUGUGAGUGAUUCUGAAACAGUGGAAUGGUUGAGUUUUAAAGUCAUCUAUUUUCAGAAUCCUAAAACAAACAUGAUAAUCUAUUUGGCCCCUGCUUCAAUUGCCUUUUGUCACACCUCGUGGUCGAAGACCUUUCUCUGAGUAGAGAUCAGAAGGAGAAUUGGCUUCCUUUACACAAAUUAUUGUUUCUUCCUUUUUAUUUGAAAACAAUCCUCUUAACUCUCAAUAGAGUCAAUCUAUUUUGGAGAUAAAUCACUUUUGUGGAUAUUUUAUUGAAAUGCGUUGAGUAGUUAAUGUGGUUGAACAAGAAUAAAAGGGGAGGAAAGUCUGGGAGAGGAAGAUGUUCACAUUGUGAUGGAGUCUUUGCAACUGACUAGUUUUUCUACCACUUCCCAAAGUAAACUUGAGUCUAAUUCUUCAAAUUCCAAAGAAUAGUUGUUUGUGAAGAGGCAGGGCAGGAAAGCAAUAGCUUCUGCAGCUGCUAGUGCAGGUUCAAAAGUUGUAAGAAAGUGUGGAAUUUCAGAUUAACUUGAAUUUUUUUAAAAAUUGUGAUUCCACUACUGUCUUGAUUUACAUCUGGCUUGUACAGUGCUGUUGCACAAUUGGGUGGAAGCAGUCUUAGUGGAUGUUUUGGACAUUUUGCACAGGCCUUCUCUCUCUUUUCUAAGCGAGCAGAGACUUCACAUCCAGAUGUACUGGCGAGGUGAUGUGCUUUGAUUUUAGUACCAAGCAGCUUUCCAAAAUCAGCGGCUUCAUGGUUGACAUUUGUGUGGGAGGGGUCUUGGUAGCUGGAAAAUGCAAACCAUCAAAAUUGAGUGCAAAUUACUUGCUCUGUUAAUGUUCCAGUAUAAUGAACAGCUCAUGCUCUGUGCUACUUCGGUAGGUUGAUGUUCCACUAGUUGAACAUGUUAUAACUGAUCACGAUAGGAGGGAGUAUCACAGAAGUGAAUAAUUUGUUCAGUAAAGUUUGCUAAGUCAUGCUGCUUGCCCGUUGUCCACUGUUGAUCUUUGUUUUAUAUACAAGAACUUUUUUUUUUAAGCAUUGCUUGGUUUUCCAGACAUCAAUAAAGUAAAAUUGCUUCCCUCGAUUAAUCAUGAAUCAAAUGAGUCAUGCAUAGGCUUGAGAUGACAUCCACAGAAAUUUGUUUUUGAAUGAACACAACUUUUUUUUUGAUUGAAUGUACAACGCAGAAUAACUUUACUACAAAAAGGCAGUAAAGUUUGACAAAAGUGGAAUACUUGUGCAGGAGUUGCUUUUCUAAUGAACAAAGUAGAAAUCAAAUCUCUCCCAAUGUCUCUGCUUUCACAGAAAUGUGCUAAUGGCAGUUAUUUUAAUUCCCAUAUUAGUAGGAUGCUUGCUGGCUAAUUUUAACAAAUGCCUCCCACACUGUUCAAUAAGUAUCAUGUCCAACAUUCCCAACCCCACUGCCACAGAGAGUCAAGAAUCACCUCAAGGUUUCAUCACCUGUUUAACGUUUCCUUAUCCACCCACCCCAACCCUCACCCCUUCCCUGCAGCCAGAAAAUUGUUUUAAAGUAUUGAUACUUGAUUUGGCUUUUCUGGAAGGCCACUUUCCAAAUGGUUGCAAAUCAAAAUGAAGAAAAUAAAUCCCCCAGAGGUUGCCAAAUGCUGAAUUUUCCAAUUGGUCUUAUUUUAAUCCCAGUGAUAACCCCUUUAAAAUUGUUGGGUUAACCCUAGGGUUAGAGUAGUGCCACUCGGGAAAGAAAUGGGAACAAAAGUGGUACACGAGUAUGCCUAUGGACCAGAGAAUAUUAGAAUAUCCAACACAAACUAAGCAUCAAAUAAUAAUGAGUAGGUCGCUUUCUGCUGUGUUGGCUAUUAUUUCUUUGGAUGCAAUUUACUCCUUUUUUAAAUAUCUGAUUGCUGUGACUGGAGCUGUAAUAUUGUUGAAUAGAACCUUACCCUUCUAAAAUGUAUAGCUCCAACUGUUCAACAUUAACUUCUACCAAAGCUAUAGUUUGUCUUUAACCCUUUGUCAAUGGAAAGUCACUGGGGUGUCAUUCUAACUGAAUCAAUGGAGAGUAAAAUUGUGCGUAGUGUAAAACCAGAUUUGCCCUCAAUUUUUUUCAAUUUUGUAAUGGGCAAGAUGGGUUAAAAUUGCUUCCACACUACUCACUUGCUAUAGUCAACAUACCUUUCAUUACAAGGUAGGAAGUUACUCUUUUUAAAUGUAGGAGAUUCAAAGGCCUUAAAUACUUAUCAAAAUCACUUUUAAAAGCAAUAUGCAACAAUCUUCAUAUUAAUCACAUGCACUUUAUUUAGGGAACUUAAAUGAUUUUUUUAUUUUGCUUUCUUGGGUAAGGUUAAAUGAGAAUGGUAUAGUUGGUAUCCUGCAAAGUUGACUUCUCAAAGAAAUUUAAAUGGUACUUGGUGGGUUCAUAUUACAUAACACUUCUGUUUUUAAAAAAAGGGACGUACGCAUUUGUACCAGACUUUUCUGUGAGAAUUUGUUGUACAUAUGAUUUUUAAAAAUCAUUUAUAUUGUCAGGAUUCCUUUAGCAAAGUGUAAAUAAAUUUGAUGUUCUAAUAAA